AUCAGUGUAGAGUAUUCAGUUUAUUGCUGUGUAGUUUUUGGUGGUUUUCUUACCAGGCCGCGGAUCUUUGAUUGGAUUUGGUCGUAAACAGGAGAAUCUACAAGGGUCGAGAGGGCCCCCCGUAAAAGGAUUCAAUAUGCAACCAAGGAUAUAUUGGAUUUUAGCGAGCGCAUUCGUGAUCCUCACGGGUUGCAACGCCGCUUCCGAGAAGGAGCAAACCCCUGCUGAUAGGUCACCGGGGAACUCACCUUACAUAGAUGACCUCUACCUAGACGACCAGGAAGCCUUGGAAGGUUCUGGUCGAGGAGCUGGUGAAGUUCGCGACGACCUUGAGGCAUCCGGAAGUGGCCUUGGGCCAGACGAUGAAGAUGGUGAUGAUGGUGGUCACGAAUUCACGCAACAUAAUACAAUAGACACAACACCUAGGAAGCAGCCAGAACCCAGUGUGCCACAAAUUGACGAAAACAUAGCUCCUAAGACUAAACAGAACAUCCCAGACACUGUAUCUAGAACAGAUAACGCAGUCGACAGUUUCGAUUCACCAUCUGACUUAGACGAAGACAUGGACGACUCUCAUGGUACGGAAGUCCGGGUGAAUCCUAAAACCGAUGACCGAGCCAGUUCCUUCUUUGCGCAGCCUGGAGUGCUUGCUGGUGAGAUUUUUGUUUUCAUCAUUCACAAUACAUAUACAGUAUUUUAA